AUGGAACUACUGCAUCAUUUCGUCACUUAUACGGCAAAAACACUUUCCGACCAGACAGAGCAUCAAAACAUCUGGCAAACCACGGUUGUCAAAGUCGCCUUCAGGCACAAGUUUCUGAUGCAUGGAAUCCUUGCGGUCGCCGGUCUUCACGUGUCAGUUACGCGUCAAAGUGAUGAAGAAGACCUCUCCAUGUUGGCUGCGAAUCACCAGGACCUAGGCUUGCAAGGCUUCAGAUCCGCAUUGGAGAAUUUCAACUCGGAAAAUUGCGAGGCAUUGUUUGCCUCUUCGAUCCUGGUCGCGUGCUACAUCAUCGCCUCAUCAGGCACGCGCUUCAACCCAAAUCUGAGCACAGGAAGCAUCUUCAACGAGGUCUUACUUGGUGCCGUGGUAGACUGGAUUCGUUUGUUCAGAGGCACCGAUCACAUUGCCCGUCGUGGUAAGAUGUGGCUCGAGGAUGGUCCUCUUGCGCCUUUCCUUAUAGAUGCACAGUUCUGUCAGAUCACUCAGCUUAUGGACGAAAAAGCCCAAAAAGAAGACGAAUAUCUCGUCAACCUCGAACAGCUAUGGCAUCCCGGUAGUCCCUCUACCAUCCAGGGAACCAGUAGCGAAGAGGCAGCCAUAUACGACGAGGCCCUACACUACCUGCGAGAAGCUUACGGUCGUAUGAGCAGAGCUACAGCACCACAGAAUACUUGCACAUGGUGUUACAAGAAAUCUACAGACACAGAAAGUGCUCAUCAAUGCAUCUCACCAAUCGUCGCCGGUCUGUUCUGGUUCGUGCAGAUCCCGGUAGAAUUUUUCGAGAUGUUAGAACAACACAAAACUGUUGCUCUUGUUCUGCUAGUACAUCAAGCAGUUCUGAUAAAGCGAAUGGGCAACCUCUGGUGGAAUCGAACACCAGCAAUCAAAGUCGCAAGCUCAGUAUACUCGACAGUACCUUCGGAGUACCAUGCCUGGCUUGAAUGGCCAAACCAGGAGAUUGAAUAUGCUCCCUAG